AUGGUUCCCGAAACUCAACCCACACCACCCCCACAAAGACGUAAAGGGAAAAAACAAGUACGCGAGGGUGUCGCACAACCGGGAAGACAAAAGCCGACUGCAUGGCUUCCACACGAAGAGCUAGUUUUGGUCAAAGCUUGGGCUGACAUUUCUAAAGAUUCGAUUCAAGGAAACGCACAACCGGGAGACCAUUUUUGGUUUCGCAUUUUAGAACAGUUUCAAGAAGAGUUAGAAAAAGGUGACGACUACCGUACGAAACAUCAACUGAAUUCGAAGUUUCGAGAAAUAGCAAAGGGAGUUUCAAAAAUAAACGGGUUGUACAACAAUCUAAAAACCCAAUGGAAAAGCGGCCAAGGGGACGAACAAAUACUUCAAGAAGUUUUGCAGUUUUACCUUGAAGAAGUGGAAAAAUACGACCAAGAUUUUAUUUUUGGAGUCCAACAAUCAAAGCGAACAAAAACGGGCUCUAGUGGUUACACAACCUCCUCCGAUGCUCGAGUCGGUCUAGAUUUAAAUCAGGAUGACGAACUCGAGCUAGAAGAAAUUGUCCGCCCAAUGGGUAGGGACAAAGCGAAGAGAAAGGGAAAAGGGACUUCUUCGGGUGCAUCUGAUUUCAGCGGGGACAUUGACGAAAUGCGGAAAAUAACAUCGUCGUUUGAUCGAUAUAAUCUUAAUUUCUCCGAACGUUUGGCUUUCGACAAAGAAAAAGAAGAAACAAGGAAAAAGGAGCGGACAGAGAGACAAAAAAUGGAGGAUAUGAAGUUUUUGAUGGAAAACGUCGAUCAUCUCUCAGGGCUGGCUCUCGAGUUCGUGAUGAAGAAGAGGGAAAAAAAAUUUGAAAAAAUAUUUUCCGUAGGUCGUUGUUGGUUUGUUUGA